GCGCCCGCGCGCACCGGCGGCGAGAGAAGAGCAGGCAGCGCCGGUGAGUGUGUGCGGGCGCGGGGCCGACGCGCCCCCGCCUUCCCCGACCUCCGCGCCUGCUCCGGGCGCCGCCGCCCUCACCUGCGCGCUCCCGCCGCGCCCGGCUCCCCGCACCUGCGCCCGCGCCGCGGAGCCGGGGGUCCUGGCGCCCCGCUCGCCCGGCCCGGCCUUCCUUGGAGCAUCUUCAGCCCGAGCUGCGCCCGCCCGCCCGCUGCUCCUCCCAGUAGCUGGUGAGGGUUCCUGCUCUAGUCCAGGGGAUUUGGAUUAUUAUGGAGAACUAUUAUUGAAGAGAGAUCCAUUUGUUGGCAUGUGAAAAAAAAAAGAAUGAAUCAAGAUAAAACCUCUAAAUGCAAGUACCAGAAAAAUUACAACACAUCACAGUGAAUUUGCAAGUGGAUUGUCUUUCCUGUGGGUUGGCAGGCAGUUGUAGGACUGCAAAAUGGGUCUCCGGAUUCACUUUGUUGUUGACCCACAUGGUUGGUGCUGCAUGGGUUUGAUUGUCUUUGUCUGGUUAUACAAUAUUGUUAUAAUUCCCAAAAUUGUCCUCUUUCCUCACUAUGAAGAAGGACAUAUUCCAGGCAUAUUAAUAAUAAUAUUCUAUGGCAUUGCCAUAUUUUGUCUGGUUGCCUUAGUAAGGGCCUCAGUAACUGAUCCAGGAAGACUCCCUGAGAACCCUAAGAUCCCACAUGGAGAAAGGGAGUUCUGGGAAUUAUGUAACAAGUGUAAUUUGAUGAGACCAAAGCGUUCCCACCACUGCAGCCGCUGCGGCCACUGUGUUAGGAGAAUGGAUCAUCACUGUCCAUGGAUUAACAAUUGUGUUGGUGAAGAUAAUCAUUGGCUUUUUCUGCAGUUGUGUUUCUACACUGAACUUCUUACUUGCUAUGCACUGAUGUUUUCUUUCUGCCACUAUUAUUACUUUCUUCCACUAAAAAAGCGUAACUUGGACCUCUUCAUUGUUAGACAUGAAUUGGCCAUAAUGAGACUAGCUGCCUUUAUGGGCAUUACUAUGUUAGUUGGAAUAACUGGACUCUUUUAUACUCAACUAAUUGGCAUCAUCACAGAUACAACAUCUAUUGAAAAGAUGUCAAACUGUUGUGAAGAAAUAUCGAGGCCCCGAAAGCCAUGGCAGCAGACCUUCUCAGAAGUUUUUGGCACUCGUUGGAAGAUCCUGUGGUUUAUUCCUUUCAGGCAGAGGCAACCACUGCGAGUUCCCUACCACUUUGCCAAUCACGUCUAAACAGAUGGAUGAGGGGAAAGGAGAGGAAGAGCAAGAGACAGAAAAUCAUUGAUCAGCUGCAUCCUGUACACCCCCUACUGGGGAUGGAGCUCACAACAUGGGCAUGUGUCCCAACUGGGAAUCCAACCGUGACCUCCUGGUUUGUAGGUCGAUGUUCAACCACGGAGCAACCCCG